AUGACUAGAAAGGAGCAACUGGACGCAUCUUUGCGGCGUACUUUGUCGGAAACAGUUGCACAUAUCCCUUUGGAAAAGUUUGCACAAUGUUUUCCAACAUUCAAAAAAGGUAAAGCAAUUGCAGCAAUGCAUCAGCAACUUAUCAGCUUCUUUGAGGAUACGUGUAAGCAAGAAUAUGCCAAAUUGAUUGAGGAACGAGGGCUGCAUCAAAAACUUGACUUCCUGGAUCAAUGUAUCAAGGAGGCUAUGGAUCGAAAAGAGUCCGGAGAGCCACCAAUUGAUAUAGAAAGCAAGCAACCCCAAGAAAUCCUUAAGGCUCAUCUGUAUACGCACAAAGAGAACCUUAAAAAUAAAUUAAAGGAAGAUAUUGAAGACUUGGAGCUUGAAAAUCAGAGUCUGUCACAGAAAAUUGAAGAGGAUGAGGGUAAAACACAAGAAUAUAUGCAUGAAGCUCAGCAGAUUCUUCUGCAAUUGGAAACUACGGUAAAAAACAUGGAUGAGAGAGGAAUCUCACAUAAUGUGCUCACUAAUUUAGAGUCGCUGUUAUCGUUUAUUCAUAAACAAGAGGAGUCGCAACCGGGAGAUGAAAAAGCUACUACUUGA